AUGGCCAAGACUCCCGAGGAUCUCCAAAUCGCCAUUCUGGGUGCUGGCAUGGGCGGGUUGACCUGUGCUCUAGGUCUGUCCAAGCGUGGAUUUAAAAAUAUUGACGUAUAUGAGACUGCUCAUGAUCUGGGUUUCGUCGGUGCCGGCAUCCAGCUUGCGCCCAACAUGGCCCGUGUCUUGGACGGACUUGGUGUCUGGAGGGCCAUUGAGGCCGAAGCUGUGAACAUUGAAGAAACAUCUGUGCGGGUGGGUGCUGAUAACAGCGAGCUGGCACACGUCAAUCUACAAUAUAUCGAAAAGACAUAUGGUUACAAGCACAUGGUUGGUCACCGGGCUUCGCUGUCCAAUGGCCUAUACAAAGGAUGUUUGGAGACUCCUAUCAAGUUCCACUUCGCUACCACGGCAUCCGAGGUUACAUUCGGUUCGCGCCCAUCGUUUACUGUUACACCCCGUGAUGGUGGUGAGCCUUACAAAGUCGAGUGCGAUGUACUCUUAGGUGCCGAUGGUAUUAAGAGUCAGACCCGAGAUGCUAUGCUCUCUCUUCUGGGCGUUAACAGCGCUGUUAAAGACACCAACCAGGCCGCUUACCGGAUCAUGAUCCACAAGGAGCAGAUCAAGGAUGACCCCGAGCUUCUAGAACUCAUUAACAGUACACGUGUAACUCGCUGGAUUGGAGAGAAGCGCCACAUCAUCGCUUACGCCGUUUCCAGCAAUCAGAUCUACAAUAUUUCUACCACGCAGCCCGAUACAAACUUCGCAGCUGCUACCAACGCCACCUACACCACCAAGGGCGACAAGUCAGCCAUGAAACGUGUCUUCUCUGACUUCUGCCCGAUGGUGCAGCGCAUGCUGGAUUAUGUUCCCGAAGGCGAAGUUUGCGAGUGGAAACUGCGUGUUCACGACCCUCUCCCUACCUGGAUUCAUGACAACGUCGCCCUGGUUGGCGAUGCCUGCCACCCGACUCUUCCUCAUCUGGCCCAAGGUGCUGCCCAGGCCAUUGAAGAUGGUGGUGUACUCGCUGUUGUACUCUCCCGUCUCCCAGACACCACCCCGGAAUCCAUCAACAAAGCUCUCCGCGUGUAUGAGAAGGUGCGUAAGAGCCGCGCUGAGACGCUGGUCGACAUGGCUUCUGCCUCUGGCCGCGCUCUGCACUUAGGUGAUGGCGCUGCCAAGGAAGAGCGCGAUCGCCAGUUUGCUGCUCUGAAAGCUGGUAAGGGUCCUGUUCCGGACAAGUGGGCUGACGCCGAUGUCCAACGCAAUAUCUAUGGCUUUGACUGCAUCCAGGUAACCGAGGACAAGUUUGAGGAAUACUUCUCGCAGAUGUAA